AUGAAAAUUAAGUUUUCAUUCAAUAAAAUUCUUGAAGCAAUAAGUAAAAACCUAAUCAAACCAUAAAAGAAUAUAGAGAUUAGAUUGGAUAGAUUAUCUAUGGAUCCUCAUCAUUAUUGGAUAGCUGUUGCCAAAGGAAUGGAAAGACCUUUCACAGGAGAGUUUUGGAAUGUACAUUUUUGUCAUAUUUGCAAGCAUGAGCAAUAAGGUGUUUAUUAAUGUUUCCAUUGCAAAAUUACAUUAUUUUAAAGUGAGGCCAAAUAUUAGGCAUAAACAGGUUAUGCCUCCUUCUUUUAGCAUCAUAAAAACAGUGUGAAAAUCAUUGAGACUAAAGAAAAAUUUGUAAUUUUAUAACAAUAAAGAGGUACUCAGCUCUCAAGUGCAUGAAUUGUUAAUCUUACAUUGGAUAAAUUUCUAAAGACGGACCACCACCAACAUUUUUAAGAUAUUCGAUUAAUUCUGGUGCUUUGAAAUUUUAUCAACCGAAAUCAAUUAAGCAACUCUAAUAACAAUCAUAAUAAUGA